CACUCUCCCCUUCAGGACUAAGUCUGCACUGGAGGAAAUUAACCGCGAGGGAGAAGUGCUAAUCACACCUCCGUGUGGGAGCUGACUCCCGGGCGCAGCGUGUGCCGCCAGCCCCAGGAUACUCCCUGCCUCCAACCUGAAGUGAUUCCUCCUGGAACGGUUCAGUCGCGCCUGCAGUUAACCAGCGUGCAAUUUGGGUUUAAUGGAGCUGGGUUUAUUGUUCCUCUUUGGACUUACGAUUACGUCGACUGCAGGUAACGUGAAUUUCUUUCUUUCUUUGCCCACUUCCACGCAUGCACACAAAGAAAGGCUGGGUGGACUUUUUUGUUGCCUUUCCCCCCCCCCCCCCCUCCUUCUAAAAGGCUGUAAGCAGCAGCCCGCUCCGGGAGCGGGGAUGGCUCGGGGCCGGCUCGGGGGCGGCUCGGGGGCGGGGGGUGUGCGGGGUCGGGGCUCCGGGAGCUGCCGGGAACUGAGCGCGGCUGUUGCAGGGUCCGCGCUGCCCCGGCCCCGCUCCGCGCUGCCGGCGGCCGGCCCGGGGCACCGCGAGCGCGACGAGAGCGGAGCGGCGGCGGCCGCGGGCGGCAGGGCCAGGGCGGACGGCGGAGCGCUGCGGCACCGGGCCCGGCGCUGCACUUGCUACACCUACAAGGACAAGGAGUGCGUGUACUACUGCCACCUCGACAUCAUCUGGAUCAACACCCCCGAGAGGACUGUGCCAUAUGGACUGUCUAACUACAGAGGCAGCUUUAGAGGCAAAAGAUCUACAGGCCAGACUCAAAGCACUUCCCAGUCCUCAUCCCGAUGUUCCUGUUUGGAUGCUCAGGACAAGCAGUGUUUGCAGUUCUGCAGAAGAAUGCAGGACAGAAGAAGCUUUAACAUUUAUUUGCUGGAGCUCAGAAACAAGAACUUAAACUACAACUCUCCCUUGAGAUGGACAAACUUGAUGCUUCAGUGUGAUGCCAGUGGAGAAUUCAGCAGUAGGCAACACUUCCAUUUCAGCAGUGCCACUCUGAGGGCAUGGGAACCUCUAUGAAGAAGCUUUUCUCCCCUCGAGAGAGCCUCAGAAAAGGAUAAUCUUUAUCAUGUAACCUGGCAGGGAAUGUAUCACUAUUGAAGAAAACUUCAAAGGCAGACCCAAACUUCAACAAUGCAAAGCUUCAGGAAACGUUUUUCUCUGUGAUUUAAACAAGUACAAUAGAAACUAUUCCACCCACUGCUUGCUCUGUGUCUGAAGAAUCCAUCCCCAGCUCUGUGCAGGCAGCUGCAGGUGGAGAAUGUGGAGAGUUAGAGGGAGAUUGCCUCUACAUGAGUUCUCAUUAAGAAUUAACAGAUACAAAAUAUUUCUUUUGUUAAUGUAUGCAAGCCUGAAUCAUCAUAUUGUAACUUCGUGGCAGAUGUUGAAAUGACAGUAUCUAUGCAGAAUAAAUAUGAAUGGCUAAUAUAAAUAUUAUUAUAAACUAUAGCAAGUUAAGAGUAUACAUUGAGUAUUCCAUAGAUUACCUAAUUUAGGCACAAAUUAUUCCUGCACUUGGAAGUUCCAUUCAAACACACUUACAGUGAUUAUUUGGGCAUGCACUGUAGUUGGUGAACAGAACUUCAGUGAUUCAUCCCAAAGAAUUUUCCUACAGAUGCAAGGGUAGGACUGUGGAACUUGAUGCCAUCAGAGUAAUUUCUGUGCUGGCCAUUUGCUGCCCCAGGCCCCUACAAGUCAGAGCCACAGCACAUCCCCUGGGCUUUGCCAGUGCUACAAAUCCCACCUUUAUCUCUCCAUUGAAACACCAGCACCAAAUAACCCGGAAACUUGGCAAUAAGGAUUAAAUCCAACCCUGGACAUUUUUCAGUGUAAAUGAUUUCUUCAGAAAUUAUGGACUUCUUUUUGCUACAAGGAUGCAAGAGUCAGCAAAGGAAAAAGAGUAACUUUUGCAAAUCCUGUUCUAUAUUAUUUAAAAAGAGAGGAAGUCCCUUACUUGUGACAUUACAAAUUUUUUGGGGGGUUACUGACCUUCAUGCAGACUUUCCCCAGGGCACACAGGUUAAACUAUAACCCCACAUUGUUAAAUUAUAUUUUAUAAGAAGAAAGAUGGAGACCAAAAGAAAAGUGAAAAGAAAUCAACAGUAAAAAUGUCUAUAUAGGCUUAAACCAGUGGUAAUAGUUUUUGUUUGAAACAAGAAAGGGAGGUCUUUGCCAAAACAUAUGAUAUAUUUUAUAUAU